UAUUUAUGUCACUCAAAAUGCUUAGUAGUGGUCUGGGCACAUAUUGAAAUUUUUUUAAUCAUUAAAUCACUCUUUAAAAAGAGAGGAAUAUAUGUACAGAGAGUAUGUUAUCAAAAUUGACCUUGAAAAAGCGUAUGAUCGACUCCAUUGGAGCUUCCUGCGGGAUACUCUGGGCGAGAUCGGAUUGCCUAGCACAUGGAUUAACAGAAUUAUGACAUGUGUAGAAAAGAAUCAAAUGAGAAUCAACUGGAAUGGAGAGCUCACCUCUGUGAUCAAACCCUCAAGAGGAGUUCGUCAGGGAGACCCUCUUUCCUCUUUCUUAUUUGUGCUUUGUAUGGAGAGAUUAGCUCAUCGUAUUGAACAAGUUGUCGAGGAGAAGCUUUGGAAACCUAUCCCUCUUUCAAAAGAUGGGCCAAAGCUCUCACACUUAUUUUUUGCUGAUGACUUGAUUUUAUUUGCAGAAGCGGAAAGUGGACAGAUCGAUGUUAUUCGAUCGUGCUUGGAGGACUUCUGCUUAAGCUCUGGCCAAAAAGUCAACCUCCACAAAUCGGCUAUGUUUGUUUCUCCCAACGUGCAUAGAGACAAGGUUCAGAGACUGAGCGCAAGGGCUGGAAUAAGCCUCACCAAUGAUCUUGGCCGAUACCUGGGAAUUUCAGCAAUAAAUGGCAAGGUCACCAAAGAAAGAUAUCAUCAGCUUCUGCUAAAAAUCCAAAACAAGUUGGCAACUUGGAAGGCUAAUCAUCUAUCAACAGCGGCUCGGAUUACCCUGGUGAAAUCGAUCUCUUCCUCCAUGUCUAUAUAUCCUAUGUUCACAGAACGGCUACCUGUUUCUGUUUGCAAUAACAUUGACAGGAUAAACCGACGGUUCGUUUGGGGAGAAGAGGAAGGUCAAACGAAGUUCCACCCGGUUGGGUGGGAACAACUCACUCUUCCUAAAGACCAAGGAGGCGUUGGAAUCAGACCAACCAAGCUGGCUAACUAAGCAAUGCUAGCUAAAGGAGCUUGGAAGCUAGCUACGGGAGAUUCGACCCUAUGGGUUCAAGUGAUGAGGAACAAAUACGGGGGACAGAGACAAGGGCAGGAAAACAAAGGGAGGAUCCUUCGCUUGGAACAGUUUUACACAAACUGUAGACCUCCUGGGCAAGGGAGCUGCUAUUAAUGUUAAAAAUGGAAAACUAACCAAGUUUUGGACUGAUAUCUGGGCAAUGCAGGUACCACUCUUGGAUGUAACUACUAUGGAGGUGCCUAUGGAGGUCAGAAGCAGAUCAGUUGCUGACUAUUAGGAGGAGGAAGGCGGAUGGAGAUUUGAGGACUUCGAAGGUUAUCUUCCACCUGAAGCCAUCAACAAGAUCCGUUCAAUACUUCUUGAUCCAUUAACCAGCAGUGAGGACACUAUGUUUUGGAAGCACACUGCAAAUGGCUUAUUCAGCGCCAAGUCCGCUUUCCAGACCUACUUUGUAGAACCUGCUCCUCAAGACUCAGCCUUCUGGAGACGGAUAUGGAAGCUGCAUUGCCCUGAAAGAGUUCAAUUCUUUGUUUGGCUUGCAACCAAGGAGAAGUUAUCCACAAACAGUCGCCGCAAAAUACGACAUUUAACCCUGGAUGACAAAUGUCCCAUUUGAAAGCAUACUGCAGAGACAAACGUGCAUUGCCUCAGAGAUUGCACUCCGACUAGGAAGAUUUGGGAGGACCUCGUUCCGCCUCACGAACAUAACACCUUCUUCGCGGCAGAUCAUACGUCCUGGUUCCAGAUGAAUCUUAAUAUGAGGGACAGCGGGGAGAGGCAUGAGGAUUGGCCCAGCUUCUUCGCGUUAGUAUGCUGGUAUAUUUGGAAAUAUCGUAAUGAAUACAUUUUUCAGGGCAAGAAGCUGGCGGGCUCCUCCAUCAACUACGUUAAGAGCAAGGCUACAGGAUGGCUGCAGGCUUGGGAGAGGACUUCCCUUCAGCUUGAUUGCAACAGCAAGCCUAAUCGGACAGAUCGUCUUGUUUGCUGGGGUGCUCCUCCGAGGGGUUGGAGUAAGAUGAACACAGAUGGUGCGGCUCAAGGAAGCACGGGUAUGGCUACUGCAGGCGGAAUUCUCAGGGACAGUGAUGGGGAUUGGCUUGGAGGCUUCUGCUGCAAAAUUGGCACUGGCUCUGCUAUUCUGGCCGAACUUUGGGGAAUUCAUCAAGGACUGUUAACGGCUUGGAAUCAGAACACUCAGUUUCUCAUUCUAGAAACCGACUCGAAGCUUGCUAUUGAGUUAAUUAGAAAGCGUGAAGAUCCAGUUCAUCCCCACUCUACCAUUUUGACGGCUAUUCGCAGAUUGAUGGCGCAGAACUGGGUGGUGCAAUUAGUUCAUACGUACAGAGAAGGGAAUAGAGCCGCGGACUGGCUCUCGAAGCACAGUCUCGUCUAUCCCUUUGGUACGCAUGAACUAAUGAACCCGCCUAGUCAGCUUCAGCAAAUCCUUCUUGAAGACACUUUAGGGGUGAGCUUCCCCAGAAUGGUUGUGCAAACUCAGAAUUAAUGUCUGGCUGUAAUAUGUAGGUUGAGGACUGUUCCUCCUUUGACUUACCAGCUGUUAGGCUGUACCUUUGAGCCCCUUUCUUAGUAACCCUUGGUGUCUCGCCUCCCUUUUCUCAAAAAAAAAAAAAAUGUACAGAGAGUAGCUAAGCCAUAAAUUAUUAAAUUCUUACUUAGCGCAUAAAGUUAUUCCAGCAAC